AGUCGAGAGGUUAAAAAUGGCGGGAAGCAACCACAGGUCGUGUUGAUCCACAGAGGCAGGAGUGACAGGAGUAAUUCUUGAUCUCGUGCGGGGUGAAGCCGUGAAGGUUGGUUCAGAGAGGCAGCAAUGGAGGGCGGCGCUGGCUAUCGUCGUGGUUCGCCGCCGGCGCUGCUGGCGUUGCUGGUGGCGGUGGUGGUGGCCUGCGCCGUCACCGAUGCCAAGGUAGUGCACGUGGAGGAGGGGCACCGGAGGAGCAUGCUGGCCAAUGGACUCGGUUCCGCGCCUCCCAUGGGGUGGAACAGCUGGAAUCACUUCGCCUGCCACGGCAACGGCGAGGCGGUCAUCAGGGACACCGCCGACGCACUCGUGUCGACCGGGCUCGCUGCCGCCGGCUACCAACACGUCAACAUCGAUGAUUGCUGGGCAGAGCCAAAGCGUGACGCAGUGGGCAAUCUCGUGGCCAACAGGAAGACGUUCCCGCACGGGAUCAAGGCGCUCGCGGAUUACAUCCACGGCAAGGGGCUCAAGCUGGGGAUCUACUCUGACGCAGGAUUCGCGACCUGUGCGAAGGUUCAGCCCGGGUCCCUCGGCCACGAGGAGCAGGACGCCAAAACUUUCGCGGCAUGGGGAGUCGAUUACCUCAAGUACGACAACUGCAACAACGGCGACCUGAAGCCGCUGGAGAGGUACCCUGAGAUGAGCAAGGCCCUGAUGAAGGCGGGCCGGCCGAUCUACUUCUCGCUGUGCGAAUGGGGCGACAUGCACCCGGCGCGGUGGGGAGCGGCCUACGGCAACAGCUGGAGGACCACCAACGACAUCGCCGACACCUGGGACAGCAUGAUCUCGACGGCGGACCAGAACGAGGUGUGGGCGGAGUACGCGCGCCCCGGCGGCUGGAACGAUCCGGACAUGCUCGAGGUGGGCAACGGGGGGAUGGCGAACAACGAGUACGUCGUGCACUUCAGCCUGUGGGCUAUCUCCAAGGCGCCGCUCAUCAUCGGCUGCGACGUGAGGAACAUGUCGCAGGAGACGUACGACAUCCUGGCCAACAAGGAGGUGAUCGCCGUCAACCAAGAUCCUCUCGGCGUGCAGGGGAAGAAGGUAAGGAUGGAGGGGAGCAGCGAGAUCUGGGCGGCGCCGCUUUCCUGUUACCGGACGGUGGUGCUCCUGCUCAACCGGCACGCGAAGGAUGAGGCCGCGAUCACCGCGCACUGGGACGACAUCGGCCUCCCCGCCGGCACGGCCGUCGAGGCCAGGGACCUGUGGCUGCACAAGACGCUGGACGCCACGUUCAUGGACAAGAUGACCUUCGACGUCGCGCCGCACUCGUGCAGGAUGUUCGUGCUCAAGCCUAGUCUCCGGUGAGCCACGCCGCCUCCGGCAUGCCCGCCUCCCGGCGACACGAUGAUCGAUACCGGGAGCUCGAUUCAGUUGUGCCUCUGUGCUACUUUCACAGACUUCUAUGACACUCGUUCGGACACAAAACAAACAAACAAACAAACGUCUAUGACGAAUGAAUCAGUGAGAAUGUUUCUCCUGUGAUUGUUUCCUUUUCUCGGAGACGAUGGAAUGCGCUCGAGAUAUUGAGGGAAAAUAAUCAUAUGAGAUUUGGUUUUAUACAUUUGAGGUUUUGACUUAA